GUGUCCUGUGACGAGUCUGUGAGCAACAAGGAAAUGGCAAAGUAAACGAAAGAAAUACCCAAACUUAAAGCUGAGUGGUUCUAAGCAAGAACAUACCCUCUGAAUCUUUCAAUGGAACCAACAAAUCUACAGAAAGCUAUAGCUGUAGCACAGAAAGCCUCACAGGAAGACCAGGCUGGGAAUUAUGAGGAGGCUAUCAAAUCCUACCAACACGCUGUCAAGUUCUUCCUGCACGUCAUCAAACGUGAACCACAAGGUAAAGAAGGCAACCAGAAGAUCAGGGACAACUGUAAAUUGUACCUGGACAGAGUGGAAGAACUGCAAGAGUAUCUUGAAAAGAAAGAGAAAGCCAUAGACCUGGCCAGUAAGGCUGCCCAGGAGGAUAAAGCUCAGAACUACGAAGAAGCCCUACGUCUGUACCAACACGCUGUUCAGUACUUCCUACACGUAGUAAAAUAUGACACCCAGGGAGACAAGGCCAAACAGAGCAUCAGGGCCAAGUGUGCUGAGUACUUGGACAGAGCAGAGACGCUCAAAGAGUACCUGAAAAAGAAAGAGAAGGCUCCACCUGCCAAGCCUGUGAAGGAGUCCCAAGCUGACAAAGGGAAUGAGAGUGAUGAAGGAGACGACCCGGAAAAAAAGAAGUUUCAGAAUCAGCUUUCAGGGGCUAUUGUCAUGGAAAAGCCAAAUAUCAAGUGGAAUGAUGUUGCUGGGUUAGAGGGAGCCAAAGAGGCCCUCAAAGAAGCUGUUAUUUUGCCUAUAAAAUUCCCACAUCUUUUCACAGGCAAAAGGACUCCGUGGAGGGGGAUCCUACUCUUUGGUCCUCCUGGUACAGGAAAGUCUUAUCUGGCUAAAGCUGUUGCCACGGAGGCUAAUAACUCCACCUUUUUCUCCAUCUCCUCCUCUGAUCUGGUGUCAAAGUGGCUGGGGGAGAGUGAAAAAUUGGUGAAGAACUUAUUCUCCCUUGCCCGGGAGCACAAGCCCUCUAUAAUCUUCAUAGAUGAGAUCGACUCACUGUGUGGCUCCCGGAGCGAGAAUGAGAGCGAGGCCGCUCGCCGCAUCAAGACCGAGUUCCUGGUUCAGAUGCAGGGAGUGGGGACCAACAAUGAUGGCGUACUAGUGCUGGGGGCCACCAACAUCCCAUGGACCUUGGACUCUGCCAUCAGACGACGGUUUGAGAAGAGGAUUUACAUCCCCCUACCAGAGGAACAUGCCCGUUCCUUCAUGUUCAGGCUCCACCUGGGCUCCACUCUCACCUCCCUCAACGAUUCUGACUUUGUUUCUUUGGGCAAAAAGACAGCGGGGUACUCUGGUGCUGACAUCAGCAUCAUCGUCAGAGAUGCCCUUAUGCAGCCUGUCAGGAAGGUGCAAUCUGCCACUCACUUCAAAAAGGUACGAGGGCCGUCAAGAGAUGACCCCAACAUUUUAGUUGAUGACCUUUUGACCCCAUGCUCCCCGGGAGACCCAAAUGCCAUUGAGAUGAACUGGAUGGACGUCCCUGGGGAAAAGCUUUCAGAGCCAGUUGUUAGUAUGUCUGACAUGCUGAGGUCUCUGACCAAUACAAAGCCAACCGUCAACGAGCAGGAUUUGGAAAAACUGAAAAAAUUCACAGAGGACUUUGGUCAGGAGGGCUAAACAUGGCAUCAUAGCCAAAACAAAGAUUAUAAUUGUGAAGUGUUCCUUAUAUUAUCUCCCUCUGUUUCUGUCCCACUCUCCUCUUGGGCUUCUCUGUUGGAUCGUCACAGGUGUGUGUUGUCGGACUGUUCUGCUAACAGAAAUAGAAUUACUAGUUUGACUGACGUUCCCACAUAAGUCAAUAAUUUUUCUAUGGUUGUACUCCAUUUGUUUGUUGGUGUCACCAGUGGGUGAUUGUUUCUUAGAUGCCCCUCCAGGUCCAAAGGAUUAUGUAUCUUUUCACUACAACAUGUUGGAGUUCGAUUUGAUUGAUGGAUGGAUGGAAAGCUACAUGGAAAUUAGGAGCAUUGAUGUUACUCAUGCAUAUCUUCUACACAGUCGUCGGACGAACCCAACCUGACACAUUUGAGUUUGAUCUGGAAAUGUAUGGUGUGGAUGCUAACUUAACAAAUUAGGAUGCUGCUCUUUGGAACAUGCAUAUUUAACUUGCCCAAUAAAUAUGAGCUAAGUUUCCAAGUACCAGUCCAUGCGCCAUCAAUCAAAUUACAUCUCACUUUUCAUUUCUAUUAAAGAAUUACAUUUUGGUUGUCAGUUGCAUGCAAGAUCCAACUAAAAUGUGACCAUCGGGGUGUGGGCGCGUGACACAUUAGGAGUAUUGGGAGCUGUUCAGGACAACUGUCUGGUUUGAGGGCAGAAUUACAUGUGUGUUUAUCUUGUCGGCUCAGGGAUUUGAUCUAGCAACCUGUAGGAUCCUGGUCCUAUGCUCCUAACCACUAGGCCAGCCUGCCGACAACCCUUAUAAUCCUUUUCUAUACACAAGAUACUUAUUUUUUUUAUUUAAUCUAGUGGAUACUAUAUGGACAUGCAUAUAUACAGUAGCUCCUUGCUCCGUGCUCCAUUAAGUAAAAAUGCUUAAAAUUGCUUAAUGGUUAUUUUUAAAAUAUUAUUAGGGGAAAUUAAGCCUUUGUAGUUUUUAGGUGGUGGUAAAGCCAGGUUUUGGAAAGCUAAAGCACCGCAAAUGUAUCAAUGUCAUUCUAUGUACACAGAGAUGUGUUCUUCUACAUAAGACAUUUGUGAUACUCAGGAUGUGGACUGAUUUGGGACAUGUUAUAAUUGUCCAUUUGUUUUUCCUCAUCAUAAAAAAAAGACUACUCA